AUGGCUGCUGUGCAUGGUCCACUAGUACCUACCCACCCAUCCCCCUUUCGGAAUGCCCAGAGCGUUCCUCAUUCACGUAUGGGUUAUCAUCCCGCACCGUCGGCGCCACCCAAACCCCAAUCCACUCAACCUUCGACAAGACACUCUGACCCAUUCUAUGGUCACGAGCAGCCUUCGCGGUUGUGCGCCAGGUUUAUCACCCAUCUGUUUGCCUGUCCCGAAUACCCCCCAUCGUCUUCUAACUCUCAAGUCAAGCUCCCCCAUUUCAUCGCAUAUGCCCUCCACCGCACGAAGCUGCAUUCAUCUGUCACCUUCGCUGCUCUCGUCCUCCUCCAGCGAUUGAAGGCACGCUUCCCCACCGCUCGGGGAUCUUCGGGACACCGCCUGUUCGUAUCCGCAUUCAUGCUCGCGUCCAAGGUCAUCUGCGACGAUACUUACUCAAACAAAUCCUGGAGCAUCGUGGCCCAGGGUAUGUUCCAGCUCAGGGAGAUUAACCAGAUGGAACGCGAGAUGUGCCAGUACUUGGAGUGGGAGCUUAAUGUGGACCCAGUAACGCUGAGGGAGUUUGAGGAAAUGGUGAAGAAAGAUUUCGUAGGUCAAGGUCCCUACCCUACUUACAUACUACCCUCCUCAUCCAAGACCACGCCUCCUCCUACCACGAAUCCAUUCCCGCCUCCCCCAACCGCUUUGGCGCCUACUCCAUCGUAUGGUCAUCGUUACCCUUCUCCGCCAAAGCCCGCAUACCCUCCACCCAGCACGUAUAUUACCCCACCGACAACGCCAGACACGCCGUCGCCGAGUUAUUCUACAUCGACGUCCCCAGCUUCAACCGCAUCGCCACCAACACCACCAGGUAUGGAGGAUUGUACCGCCCGUAUAGUAUCGGCGUCAUCGUCGCCCGGUAUUCCAAAACACGAGCCCGUUCCAGUACCACCGCCAUCAAAACACAAGAUGUUCGCGUUCGCGUCGCCUGCUGUUUGGUGA